GUUGACCUGAUUCUGAUUAGACAUCCAAUAUAUAUACUCCAGAUGAAAUUAAUAGUGUAAGAUAGUAAAAGUACUUAAUUGAAUGAAGCGCAUUUUUGAGCUGUUCCAAAACUUUGGAGUUAUCAUACACGACACUCCCACGGAGACCUAAAAUUCGUUUAAAGUUCAGAGUGUGUUUGGCGCUACCAGUUCAGUAGCCUCACUGUAAAGUCGUUUAGUUCGCGAAACCGCGAAUUCCAUUGUGUUCGUUGAGAGGUUCAGCACUGUGGAAUUUUUUUUUUCCACCUGAGAGUCACAAGAGUUUCUGUCGAGUCGUUUGGUGGAUGAGGCCAGAAAAAUCAACGUGUCAAUUGAAGUGGUUUAACGCUGUGGAACUGUCUCUUUUUCCAGUUGCGAGUAUCGGGAUAGUUUUCUUUGUUUUCUGGGUGGAAUUCGUCCGUUGUUUGGAUUUGAGCUCGGCAAAAUGAGCUGCUGUCGUACAGAGCGAUCUAGGACAGCGGGCACGUUGUUGGGGCAAUCGAAGGACCAGGAAAUAUUUUAUUAUGUUCUGGAGGAGGACCGUCUUAAGGACGCGUUGGCCGUUUUGGUCGAGGGAUUCUAUCCGGAUGAGCCGGCCACCUCCCUUUACUACCGUGUGUCUGAGGACGAGGAGGCCAUCCAGGAGCUGAACCUCCUCAUGGCAGAAACAGCCAAAGAUGAAAUCUCCGUCAUUGCCGUCAGCGCUCAGACCGACCGCGUUGUCGGAGUCUUGUUCAAUAAAAUACAGGAAAAAACAAAGCCAGGAGAGCUACCUUUUUUUGAAAAAUUCAAAAGAGGAUGCAAAAAUGCAAGAUCUAUAGGUCUGAUCGAUUAUAUGGCCGAAAUAGACGAUAAGGUCGACGUCUUGGGAGCAUUCAACGUGGAUAGAAUGGUGGAGCUGGUAUUUUUAGGGGUGAGUCCGGCUUACCGAAAGCGAGGUAUCGCCCAGGAUCUGUUCACUCUCUCUCUGGAGUACGUCAAAUCGAAACGCGUCGCCGAGGUGGCGUGCACGCUCGGCACCUCGGUAUUCACCCAACGCAUCGCCAAGAAACACAACUUCAAAAAUAUGGUCGAGGUCCCUUACGAACGGGAUCACACGGACGAUCAUGUAUUUGACAGGGUCGUCAGCAUUCACCAAAAAGCUAUUCUAUUCGCUAAGCAACUGUGAAUGCAACACUUUCAAAAGGCAAGGGCCAUUGAUAUGAACAUAACGAAGAAAUCACCUACUAUACUAUACUAUUAACAUCUCGCAUAGUGUGGAUUACUCUACCGAAAGCAACCCUUACAUUAGCUGCAUAAGGAAAAGUUAAAAAUAUCCCUGUUAUAAACUGAGUCAACAUUAAAAGCCCUAUAAAGAUCCAAAAUUUCAAAAGUAGGAAAUAUUGGAGGGUGAACUCAGAUCUACAAUAAAACUAUUCACUUCAUUUGAAUUAGAUUUACGGGUAAACUUAUAAUACUCGUACAUUUAAAUUGUCAUUCUCAAAGGGCCUCUACAUUUCUUAAUAAUUUCAUAUAUAAUCACCGAACAUAUCAAAAUAUGAAAAAUAAGAAAAAAUGAGAGUAUGUUGAAAGGGCAAGUUAUGAAUUUAAAAAUAAAGUAAAAGUCCUAAACCUCACAGAACCUAACUGGAGGUGGAAUGGUCCAGGUUCGCCUACUGAGAGCGGUUAAAUCAACUCAUUUGGAAGGGGACCAUUUCAUAUUAUUUUUUUUAAAUCAACGAAACAAUGAAAUUGCGAGACUGAGGGUUUUAUGAGUUAUACCCAUGCGAUGAGUAUAAAUGUAAAGCAAAACUGGACAUGUUAAUGACUCUUCAAGCUGAGGCAGGAGGUAGGGCUGAAAUGGAGAUAGCUAUUUCUCACAAUCAUUGUCAGUUUUUUAGGCUUAAUCCUCACACCUAUUCCGGAAGCAAAUUUAUACUGUAGCUUCAUAUAAUCAUUUGAUUCGAUUAGUUUAUAUUUUUCAAAAAUUAAAUAUUAAAAUAAUUGUAUUUAAGAUUUAAACUUAAUGCGAAAAUAGGACUUCUUAAAUGUUCAGAAUUGUAAUCUGAUAAUAUAUAUCAUCUUAGGGUUUAUAUAGUUUCACAUUAAAGAACAAAUUAUUGUAAAACAAA